UAUAUAGUCUUCAUCGUGGCUAUCGCCUACUGCCGUCGCCGCUACUGCUGCUCCAUAUAUCCAUCCGCGAGGCAAAUUAUAAAGAAAAUAAAGCAAGAAAAGAAGAGAAAUUUUCGCCUCUCGAAGAGUCGAUAGCGGAUUAUAAUAAGCUUGCGAACUUGCGAAUCAAAGUGUGCGCGCGUGGAUUAUACAGUUAUAGUUGCACACGCACAGCAGCAGCAACAGAUAUUGUAAUACGUCAAAGCCUAUAUAGAUAUUGCUUGCUUGCGCGCUUGCGCCUCACCUCUCUUUAAAUAAUAAUAUCAUUUGUGCGGCUCCGUAAGCAGCAGCAGCAGCAGCAGCAGUAGCAACAGCUCUCGGGCAUUAUAACAAAUAUAUAGAUAUAUGUAUAGAGUCGAGACAAGCGCGUGUGCGCGGCGCGCGACUGCGUCAGUGUGUUAAUGUAUACAUGUACUCGUCGUCGUCGUCGUCGUCGUGCAGGUAGCCACUGCUACUGCUGCUACUCCGCGGAGAGCAGGUAUAUAUAAAACGGAGCGAUUGGCUUUUGUCAGUUUUCGAUUGUGUCGCGGAGAGUAUAAGCUCUCUUGCGUUGCCGCUGCGAGACGUCGAGUGUCCGCCGAUCAUAACGCACUCGUCUCUCCAGCUAGAUCCAGCGCAGCGCAUUAUCGUCAUUACGGACUCGCGGGGUGCGUGUGUCGCGAGUGUGAAAAUUGUUACAAAGGGAUAUCAUGCGAGAGGCUUCGUUCGUCCUCGUUGAUUCAUCCUCGUGAGAGAGAGAGAGAGAGAGCUUUUCUACAGUCGAGUUAAAGCGAGUCGAUAGAUAAUUAGAAAAAAAAUUGAAAAAUAAAGAUGCCACCCCAAGAGAAAUACGGCAAAGCCGUUGACGAGUCGUCCGGCAAGAAAGCGGUGACAACGGUGGCCACCGCAACGACGACGGUAGUCGCCACCGAGGAUCCGCACUGCGGAAUCGGUAUCGUCGUCACCCUCGACCCAACGGCCGACGACAACAUCGAUGCGGGCACGAAUAAUUGCGGCGACGAUGCAACGAACGAAGCGGAUCAACGGCCGCAAGAGGGAAAACUCAACGCCAGCAAUCUCGGCAGCGGCCGAAGACACCAUCACUUGAACAACCACAACAACAACAACAACAGCGACAAGCAGAUAGCCGCGGCCGCAGUGAAGGACGUGGAUUUCGACGAUCUGCUGCCCUACAUCGGCGAGUUCGGCCGCUACCAAAAGAUCCUCUUCUGCCUGAUGAUACCGUUCGCCUUUUACGUCGCCUGGGUCUACUUCUCGCAGAUCUUCAUCACCCUCGUGCCGGAGCAGCACUGGUGCCGCGUGCCCGAGCUCGAGCAUCUCGACGUCGAAGACAGGGUGGCGCUGGCGAUACCGGCGGAAGUUCACGGCACGAUGGAGGGCCGCGCCAAGUGCCUCAUGUACGACGUGAACUACACGGACAUCCUCGAGCGGGGCAUCAUGGUCGGCGAUCCGAGCUGGCCCAAGAAGCCUUGCGACAACGGCUGGGAGUUCAACUUCACGGUCAUUCCUUACGCAACCAUCGCCACCGAGCUCGAGUGGGUGUGCGACAACGCGGCGCUGCCGACCUUCGCCCAGAGCAUCUUCUUCGUCGGGGCGAUAUUCGGCGGUCUGAUAUUCGGCUGGAUCGCCGAUCGUUACGGCCGCAUACCCGCCCUGGUCGGGGCCAACUGCGUCGGCUUCGUCUCGGGCUGCGCCACGAUGCUCGCCACCAACUUCUGGCAGUUCGCCCUCUGCCGAUUCGUCUUCGGCUUCGCCUUCGACAACUGCUUUACCAUGAUGUACAUUUUAGUGCUGGAGUACGUCGGUCCGCGCUGGCGCACCUUCGUGGCCAACAUGUCGAUCGCCAUGUUCUUCACCCUGGCCGCCAGCGGCCUGCCCUGGAUCGCCUACUUCAUCGCCGACUGGCGCAUGCUGUGCCUGGCCACGUCGGCGCCCCUCGUUCUGGCCGUGCUCACGCCCUGCUUCGUGCCCGAGAGCGCCCGCUGGCUCGUCAGCCAGGGCAAGGUCGACCGGGCCAUGACGAUACUGGCCAAGUUCGAGCGCAUCAACAGGACCCACGUGCCGCGCCGGGUCUAUCGCGACUUUCAGGACACCUGCGCCCGCAUACAGAAGGAGGAGGAGGCCGACAAGUCCUACUCGGUCAUCGAUCUCUUCAGGACCAAGAGGCUGCGCAACAUUACCGUGCUUCUGGUCAUUAUCUGGAUGGCGAUAUCGCUGGUGUUCGACGGUCACGUGCGUAACGUGGACAAUCUCAGGCUCGACGUGUUCGUGACGUUCACCGUGGCCUCGGCCACGGAGCUGCCCGCCGAUACCUUCCUGACGCUCGUGCUCGAUCGUUGGGGCCGGCGCUGGCUCGCCUGUGGCUCGAUGGUCGUUUCCGGCGUCUUCAGUCUCUGGGCUUGCCUCGUCAGCAACAACAUCUACGCGGCGACUCUGGCGAUAAUGGGCCGCUUCUGCGUCAACAUCUCGUACAACAUCGGUCUGCAGUACGCCGCUGAGCUGCUCCCUACGGUGGUGCGCGCCCAGGGCGUCGCCCUCAUCCACAUAAUGGGCUACGUCGCCAGUAUAAUCGCGCCCUUCGUCGUCUACCUCAAAAUCAUCGCCGAGCCGUUGCCGCUUCUCGUGCUCGGGGUCCUCGGCAUACUCGGCGGCUUCCUGGCCCUCUUUCUACCCGAGACCCUGGACAAGGACCUGCCGCAGACGCUGCAGGACGGCGAGGAGUUCGGCCGCGAUCAGGGUUUAUGGGACAUGCCGUGCCUGAUGAAGAAGGCCGACGACGCGGAGCAGGCGCGCCGACCACAGCCCGCCAUCAUCAGGCGCAGCUCGACUCUGCGAAGCUCGAGGCGCGCCUCGAUACGCGGCGAGACCUGGAGGAGCAGCAUGAUACAGCGCGCCAGCAUCAGGUCGCGAGCGAGCGCUACAACACCGACCGUCGAGGAGGAGAGACUCUAGCCCGUGGCUUGUAGAUCGCGCCGCAGGCGCAGUCGUAGACGCAGGUCUCUGUAAAUUAUUAUUGAUCGUUUGCUAGAUAACAAAAAAAAAUUACGACGAGAAUGUAUGUGAGGAAAAAGAAAGAG